ACCUUCUCCAGCGUGGGGGCAUGCGCAGUAGGGGAUCGGAAGCGGUGUCCGGGCGCAGCGGAAGCCGCUCGCUCCUUUCUGCUCGCGGGCGGCCAUCAUGGUGUUCAAACGUUAUGUUGAGAUUGGCCGAGUUGCCUAUAUCUCCUUUGGACCACAUGCUGGCAAGCUGGUGGCAAUUGUGGAUGUUAUUGACCAGAACAGGGCUCUAGUUGACGGCCCCUGCAGUGGUGUAAGAAGGCAGGCUAUGCCCUUCAAGUGCAUGCAGCUAACUGAUUUUGUACUCAAAUUCCCACACAGUGCUCGUCAGAAGCAUGUGCGAGUUGCCUGGGAGAAAGAAAAUAUUAAUGAAAAAUGGACAGGUACAAGGUGGGCAAAGAAGAUUGAAGCCAGAGAAAAGAAAGCCAAGAUGACAGACUUUGAUCGCUACAAGGUCAUGAAGGCAAAGAAAAUGAGGAACAGGAUCAUCAAGCAUGAAGUAAAGAAGCUCCAGAAGCAAUCUUCAAAAAAAGCAUAAACUGUCAGUAAUCAAAUAAAGUUCCAGUUUAAUAUACAA